AGAGAAAGGAAUUGGCCGAGAGGCCUCCAGUUAUUUCUACUAAUGAGUUCAAAGCCUUGUUAGAACUUACAAGAGAGUGUUUUUUGGAUCUGUGCGACACUAGUCUUCCUAAACCUGUUCUGCAGAAGGUUGCCAAAUUAAGGGUUAUCCACCAUAUAUUUCUUGCAGAAUCUGAUUUGAGGGAGCCAGAUCCAUUGGAGUGGCCAGAAAGACAUGUUCUUCAGAAUUUGGAAAACUUUGAAAAAAACAAACAAAAAAGGAGAGUUUCUAUGUUUGCACAUUCAUCUGAGCAAUUGCUGGGGCAUAAAGAUAGCCAACGGGAGUCAUUGACAUUGCUCGAUGCUAAGGAAUUACUGAAAUAUUUCACACCAGAAGGGCUACCAGUUGGUGAUCUUCAGCCACUACAAAUUCCCAAACGUGAAAACGCAUUCCUUUUAACACCAGAGCUUACUCCUCGGAAACUCAGACGUCUGCCUUUUGAAAAAGCAGCUGGAUGCCAUUAUCAUGGACUUGAAUAUUGUCUAGAUAACAGAAGAGCCUUAGAGAGAGAUGUGGGAUAUGCUGAACUUCAAACUCGUCUUAUUCGCUACGAAACUCAGACUACUUGUACCAAAGAGUGCUGCCCUGUGCCAGUUGUUUUGAGCCCUCUCCCGUCUCCUGCAGUCUUGUCGGAGCCUGGAAGUGUGCCUGACGGAGAGUCUUUACAAAGCGAAUUCAAAACAGAGGCGUCAGGGCUAAAACGCAGAUCAAAAGACUUGGAUUGCUUUUAUCCCAAGAAAAGGCUGACCAAAUCUGAGAGCACAGAUUCUCUCCUCUCUCAGGCAAGCGGAGGUAGUGGCAGUCACUAUACAGUUGCUGUAACAAGGAAGCGAUCUGAAAGAUCAGUUUCUUUAGCUUCAAUGCCAUUGAAACAGGUCGGUCAGCCCCACAAAGUAAGCACUAAGGUUGGCUCAGCAAGUUGCAUAAGUGCAAGUGAAUCUGAUACUUCAAAGCCAGCUAAGGAAUCAAGAUCCCAGAAGCAUACAAGGAUGCUAAAGGAGGUGGUCGCUAAGACUCUUCAAAACCAUGGAAUUUCAGAGGAUCACAAGUGCUUUGCAUCAUGCAGCCAGCGUCUGUUUGAGAUAUCAAAGUUCUACUUAAAGGAUCUUAAAACUUCUAGAGGACUUCUCGAUGAAAUGAAGAAAACAGCAAAUAACAAUGCUAAGCAGGUGAUCGAAUGGGUUUUGGAGAAGACUGGCAAGUAG